AUGUUUCCCCUCCCCCACUGCCUCGCCUCUCUCAUUUUAGUUUCACUUUGGAUAGAGAAGAAGUCAACUCGAACCAUGUCUCAUCCUGAAGAAGAGGAGGCUCCUUCCAUGGGUCCUGGUUCUGGUCUUCUUCCUGACCGGUCCAGAUCCUGCUCCCAGUGCUCAGACAGCUCAGGAAAUAAUCCAGAGAAAACCGAUUCUUCCACCCAAACCCCUGCCCCUCAGAAAAAAGGAAGAAGGAGAUCUGUUACGAGCGCUGAUCCAGAGAAGUCCUAUGAUCUGCAAAGUGUUGUCUCCAGCAAGUCCAAAGAUUCUCCAAUGGCAUUUAAAACCACCACAGCUUCACCGGUCAAUGCAGAGAGCUGUGUUUCAGUGAGUGACAGCAUCGACUCAAAGGAGAUAGCCUUGGAUUUAAAAAAAGACAUUUCACAAGGGGACCACCUCCUGCAGGAGGAUCAGAGAGGACCACCACCUGCAGGAGGAUCAGAGAGGACCACCACCUGCAGGAGGAUCAGAGGGGACCACCACCUGCAGGAGGACCAGAGGGGACCACCACUUGCAGGAGGAUCAGAGAGGACCACCACCUGCAGGAGGACCAGAGAGGACCACCACCUGCAGGAGGAUCAGAGGGGACCACCUCCUGCAGGAGGAUCAGGACCACCACCCGCAGGAGGACCAGAGAGGACCACCACCUGCAGGAGGACCAGAGAGGACCACCACCUGCAGGAGGAUCAGAGAGGACCACCACCUGCAGGAGGACCAGAGAGGACCACCACCUGCAGGAGGAUCAGAGAGGACCACUACCUGCAGGAGGACCAGAGAGGACCAGUACCUGCAGGAGGUCCAGAGAGGACCAGCACCUGCAGGAGGAUGAGGACCACCACCUGCAGGAGAACCAGAGAGGACCACCACCUGCAGGAGGAUCAGAGAGGACCACCACCUGCAGGAGGACCAGAGAGGACCACCACCUGCAGGAGGAUCAGAGAGGACCACCACCUACAGGAGGACCAGAGGAGAUCACCUCCUGCAGGAGGAUCAGAGAGGACCACCACCUGCAGGAGGAUCAGAGAGGACCACCUCCUGCAGGAGGACCAGAGGGGACCACCACCUGCAGGAGGAUCAGAGAGGACCAGCACCUGCAGGAGGGUCAGAGAGGACCACCACCUGCAGGAGGACCAGAGAGGACCACCACCUGCAGGAGGAUCAGAGAGGACCACUACCUGCAGGAGGACCAGAGAGGACCAGUACCUGCAGGAGGACCAGAGAGGACCAGCACCUGCAGAAGGACCAGAGAGGAAAAUAGCCAGCGCUGUGAGCGGUGUUUCAGUGAGUGACAGCAUCGACUCUAAGGACAUUGUUGUGGAUUUUAAGAAGAACUCUGCACAAGCCAGCGCUGAGAGUGCUGUUUCAGUGAGUGACAGCAUCGACUCUAAGGACAUUGUUGUGGAUUUUAAGAGGGACUCUGCACAUGAACCCCAUGAUCAUCUGAAAGAAUCCUGUUUGGGUGAAGUGGACGUUCCAUCUGCGUUUCAGCAUCUUCAAAAGAAGAUUCAUGAUUAUGUGAACAGUGAGCUGAAGGACUUUGAGAGAUUGGUGAGCGAAGAUUGCUUUCACGACGACAACAACUCAAAUGAAUUGCAUUUUGAAGAGGAGAAUAAGCCCAGAAGAUUUGUUCUGGACCUGACUUUACACAUGCUGAAGAAAAUGAACCUGGAGCCACUGGCAGAAACGCUCAAGAACAGACUUCUUGCUCCUGUCUGCCGGUGCCAGAUAAAGUCUCAACUCAAGAGCAACUGGAUCACUGCUAAAGUCAUGAAUGAUAUCCUUCGAACUGGAGAGGGCCAGCUGCCUCAGACGCUGACAGAGCUGUACAUCCACUUCUUGGUCGUCCAGGCCAAAUCGACCAAAGUUCUGCUGAGUGGCUGUCGUCUCGACUCCAGCGGAUGUGAGGCCUUGGCUUCGGUGCUUGGUUCUCAGUGCAGGCUCAGGGAGCUGGAUCUCAGUCAUAACCUGCUGCAGGACUCUGGGACCCUUAAACUGUGUGAGGGGCUAAAGAGUCCAGUCUGUGCUCUGCAAACACUCAGGCUGAACUUCUGCGGUCUGUCUGCCAGCUCCUGUGAAGCUCUGGCCUCAGUCCUGGUCUCAGAAACCAACAGACUUAAAGAGCUGGACCUCAGUAACAACGACGUCCUGGACUCAGGGGUCAAGACUCUGAGCAGUGCCUUGAUGAGCCCCCACUGUAAACUGGAGACCCUCAGGUUGUCUGGUUGUCAGGUCUCAAAAAGUGGCUGUGCAUCUCUGAUCUCAGCCCUGAAAUCUGAAGGUCGACGUUUAAAAGAACUGGACUUGAGCUACAACCAUCCUGGAGAAGCUGAAGCAAAGAAACUUAAUGAUUUGUUCAAUGAUACACAGAUGAAACUCAGCUUACAGCACGGAGGAAAGGAAAGAUUGCAAGGAGGGUUCAAGAAAUAUGCACAUCCCAUCGUAUUUGACAUAAACACUGCUCACAAACAGAUACAAUUCUCCGAUGAUAAUAGAACGAUUUCUCUGACGGUAAAGCAGUCGUACCUUGAUCACUUUGAGAGGUUUGAGAACUGGAAGCAGGUGAUGUGUACAGAGGGGCUGCGAGGCCGGAGGUACUGGGAGGUGGAGUUCACUGGAGACGUCUACAUCGCUGUCACCUACAAAAGCCUCAAACGCAAAGGCAGAGGAGACGAGAGCUGCUUUGGGAAGAACUCCCACUCCUGGAGUCUCGGAUGUACAGAGGAGAAGUUUUCUGUCCUCCAUAAAAACAGGAGAUUGUCUUUCAAACAGAAGCCUUCAACUCGAGUGGGGGUGUACCUGGACUGGGAGGGAGGGGCCCUAUGCUUCUAUGACACCUCCUCAGACCAGAAGACCCACCUUCACACUUACAGGGAAAGGUUCACAGAGGAGGUCUACCCUGCUUUCAGAAUCAAGACCCAACCAACAAAUUCCUCUGUCACUCUGUGUACAAUAUGA